GCUUUUAGUUUCGUACGAGGAAGAAGUUCGUAAAAGCUUUUUUCUCUAACAGGUCUUGCUGGUGGUGUUAUGUUAAGGGCAUGGCUGGUCUUGAAAGGAAUAAAAUCUCUUUCCCAAUUCUCUGACGAUUCGGUCACGGUCACUAUGCUCGCCCGGUAUGGCCAUGCAGGUUAGGACCAAAGGGCUAAGAUCACCUAGUUGCUGAACCAGAGGCUCAGGAGAGGUUACUCGAUCUUGAUCAAUAACCCCACCUUUUGAGCCCUUCAAGAAGUUCUAACGGUGUAAUAUUCUUGGGAAAUGGACCAUAAAUGUUGCUUCCUAAUAUAGAUGUGCCUCAACCUCUCUCAUUUACACCCCAAUCAUCCUCAAUCCGGUGAGCACCGCUGGACUUACUUUUCAAGGCAACGCUUCCUCUGACUACUUCAAAGGAGUAAAAUCGAUCCAAAAUCAACGAACAAAAAGUACACAAUAUCAACGCAUCCGUGUUAGCCAUACACAAAGUAUACGGUGGAACCAACAUCAGCACUAUGAAUCCUUGCACAGUUUUGGAAACUUCAAUAUACAAUGCUGAGACGGAGUUUUUUUUUUUGUGAAAGAGCUCUCUAAUGUGCCAAGAGUGGCUGCAAUAGUGCCUUUUGGGUUGUGCUUUAACUCGACGAACAUGGGCAGCAUGUGGGUGGGACCUGCUGUGCCAGCCAUUGAUCUUGUGUUGCAUCAUGAGAUUGUAUUAUGGAGGAUUUUCGGGGCGAAUUCGAUGGUGCAAGUUAGUGAAGAGGUUUUAUGUCUAGGUUUUGUGGAUGGAGGUUUGAAUCCAAGGACUUCAAUUGUGAUUUGUGGGUUAGGACAAUCUUUUGCAGUUUGAUCUUGGUGCAUCAAGGUUGGGUUUCAGCUCAUCACUCCUGUUCAGGCAAACAACAUGCGCCAACUUCAACUUCACAUUCAAUGCUUAGAGAGUUUCAAUCCUUCCGUUGCUUUAUACCUAGGAACCGCAUAGGUCCAUUUGUCCGGUGGAGUGUGGCCUCCGGUCAGAAUGACUGCAGUGGACAAAAUGAUAUUCUGAAGACUUUCCUGAUUUUAGCAGAGGCAAUUGGGACUUUCAUUCUGAUGUUCUGUAUAUGUGCGAUCAUAGCGAUAACACAGCUGAUGAGAGGGGAAGUAGGCCUCUUGGAAUAUGCAGCCACCGCAGCUUUAUCAGUAGUCGUCAUUGUUUUCUCCAUUGGAGCAAUCUCUGGAGCUCAUGUUAACCCUGCUGUCACAAUUGCCUUCGCUACUUGUGGUCAGUUUCCCUGGUCCAAGGUUCCUCUUUACAUAAUGGCACAAGGCAUAGGUUCUGUUUUGGCAACAUAUGUGGGAAAGUUGGUCUAUGGUAUAAGCUCAGAGCUUUUGACAACCAGACCGCUGCAAGGAUCCGCUGCUGCCUUUUGGGUGGAGCUCAUAGCAACUCUCAUCAUCAUGUUCCUGGCUUCCGCAUUGACACAUCAUGCUAAAUAUAUAGGCCAUUUGGCUGGCUUUAUUGUUGGGACAGCAAUUGGGCUUGCAGUGCUAAUCACAGGGCCUGUUUCAGGAGGAUCAAUGAACCCAGCAAGAUCACUGGGCCCUGCGCUUGUAUCAUGGAAAUUCGAUGAUGUGUGGAUUUACCUUACUGCCCCUACUAUUGGAGCUGUUGCUGGUGCAUUCCUUUACAGUGCUAUACGCCUUCGUCGCCAUGCUUGUUGUUCCGAUCCCUCUCCUGAUACCGCUCAACAAAGGCAAUCGUCUCAAUAUCCUUUCUGAUUACCCGGGUUAUGUUGGACGGCUAUUACGUGUACACUGGUUAGCAAAAUGAAAACAAAAUGAACGUGACAAGAGACUUAGAGCAGAAAGGGGAAACGUACCAAGUAUUCCAAUAUUGGUAGUUAGGAUGGUUGAAUAUGGAGGGCUAUAUAUGUGUAUUAAAUUGCAUGCCAAGAACUGCAGAAAUUCAGGUUUGAUGUCUAUUUGAAAUAAUGCAGGCUAAAUCAGAGAAAAUUGAACUAA